AUGAUCAGAACCGAAUCAAUUGAUUUUCAUAACCAUCUACCACCUUAUCGAUCUCUAUUGAAUCCCAAUGCGAGAUACGAUUAUAGAACUCACAAGUUGAUACCGUUGAGCCAAAAUGACUUGAACUCGCUACAUUUGAUUUUUAAAAGUAGUAAAAACAACACCAGCUUGAAACGGAAUAGUUUUAUGAACAGGUCAUUUGGUUUUGGGCGGUCAAAUUCAAACUCGUCUGCCCACGCGGCAUUUUCCCAUCGCCAUCACAACCACAACCGCAAUCAACCAACACCACAACCACCACAACAGCAACAGCAACAGCAAGGCCAGUCGGAAAGUCAGCUGCGGCGACAAGGACAAGACUUUACCCCUUCUUCUUUGCUUGGAGAAACUGAAUUAUCCACUCAAGCUGGCUCGGUUGACCACCAAGCUGGGCCGCCCUCUUCAGGUUCAGCUUUUUCUACUUUUGAGCCAGAAAAUCCAACAUGCCCUAACUCGGCAUCUUCUACAAAUUUGAAAAUGAAGUAUAGGUCCUUGUUAAAUGACGUGGGAAGAACAAUAUCCUUGAGGAUAAGCAACGGUAAUUUGCUUUCGAAUUCACCAAAUUGCCACUCUACCGGUAAUCAUGGGGGCUCGGUCUCUCGCUCAAGUACCAUUCUACUCAAUUCCAAUCAGCCCAGGAAAAUCAGCAACAUCAAAGAGUUGCCUCUUGAGAUUUUGGACCACAUUUUUGACUUUGUCGAUGCUAAGGAAUACUACAGGAACUGCCUAUUCACUUGUAAAUUGUUUUAUUAUUUAUCGAAACCAUAUUAUUAUGAAAACAUAUCGCUCACUUCGACAUACAGACUUGCCCAGUUUAUCACGAUUUUGAGGUUGAAUCCAGAAGUUGGCCAGUACGUAAAGACAAUUGACCUUUCCAACAUUAAGCCUGGCUUUGAUGAGGAUGCACUUGAUGACGACAACCAAAUUAUUGAAAUGGAGGAAGAAAUUGCAAAUGAAGCCAAUAAUAACCACAAUAAUGACCACAAUAAUAACCAAGUCAAUAACCGUCUCAACAGUCAAAUCUUGAUGAGCAGCAGCAACGCCAGUGGUGAUGCCAAAGUCUUGGCAGGCUGGAGGGACUGGAAGUACAAGAAUAAUCCCCUUUAUACAGUCCACCCUGUUCCAACGAGCGCUUUGACUAAAAUUGCAUCCAACUCGCAAGUGCUGGUUCUUUCCAGCAAAUCCAAUUCCUCGCAGAAAUCCUCGUCGUCAAAGAGAUUCUCCAAACCAUUCAAGUAUUUCAAAAGCAGGAAAAGAAGCAGGUCGCUAAGCGGCCUCAGCAGACACAAUAACAACACCCAGAAGAAGGCUCCCCGGUUCGAGUAUUUGAAACUACAAGUCAAUGAAGCAGGCUCGUCUAGAUACUCGUCACCGCACCCAUUAAUCAACAAAUUUUUGCUCAACUACUCCACUUCAAAAGAUGUGCCGGUUGGGUACGUGUUGCACAUUGUAAACUUGUGUCCCAACGUCAUCAGCCUUGACUUUGGCAACUUGUCCUUGUCUGCCGAUUACGAAAUAAAUAGAAAGUCGGUGCCAAAGUACCAGAAUUUCGAUUUGCUAAAUAACUACCCCAAGGAUCUCCUCCAAAGGAUUGAUGAUUGCAUAAGAUUUGACGGAUACGAGGAUGCCUUGUCUUUUGAAAAUGCUAGUCUGAAAGAUAACAGUGAGUUUCGGAACCAUUUUCUGGGCAUCUUUUUCAAGUCUGCGCCGCCGACAAUGUCGACGGCGUCAUCUAUCUACUCGGUGACCACUUUUUCUAAACCCAUGAGGAAAUACAAUAGCUUGCUUCCGCCACUACCAUCUACUGUGGCAGACAUUUCCUAUUUGAAAAAGGGGGACGGCAGGGUUUACCUUUCAGAUUUGAAUUUAAAAUCAAUUAAUAAUGCGUAUUUGAAGAAGAUUGACGAAAAGGAAGUAUUGGCUGCAAUAAGAAGAGUUCACGGGAAACGCCAAGUGUCAUACAACACCAUCCAAAGCCCCUUUGCUUUAAAUGCAGACAUUGCCGGCAAUUUGAAAUACCUCAACCUCUCGUCGAUGAUUUGGCUCAAUCGCCCUUUGGUUGAGAAGUUUCUUAAAAGGCUUUUGACGACCAGGUCGCAAGCACUAGUCCCCUAUGGAUACUACGAUCAAUCGGACUUUUCAGAGGCAGAUGAAGACCUGGACGAUGAAUCAGAGUUUGAGUCUCUUGAGCAGUGUGAGCAGCCAAUUCGAUACAAGCAAGACUUGGUGAUUGACUUUACCGACUCUGGCAUGUACAAGAACCUUUUAUGGGCUCAAAAGAUUGAUUUGCGGACGAUGGAAGGGUGUAAAUUGGCCAGCAGAAUCAUCAGAAACGACUUGGUCACUCCACAGGAGGACUACAUGCGACGCGAAAGCAGGAGGAGAGGCAGGAUUGGCGAAAAUUACUUAGCAUAA